AUGAAGGGCAACCGAACUAAUAUUAGUCUCAGUAUUGUUAUGUUCUGUGGAUAUUACAUUCAUGUAUUUGCGAACGCGGCUAUAAGACUUGGCGUCACGUCUGAUUAUGACACUGCCUCUCAGAAUUGCCCACUAGUUAACGAUUUUGAGCUUAAGAGCUCGGAUUUCGGCGCUAUGGAGCCAGGACAGAGUUACUGGGUCAGUGGAAAAUUGGUGGAGCUAGGCUGCCGAACACGAGAUAACUGCUCUCGACUGGUCGUAGGACAAACUAGGGGCUCUCCUAGUCAGAGUCUAGACUUUAUCUGCCGAAACCUGGUGUCGCGUGAGCACCUGACGAGAAUGGCCGUGCGGUGUGCUAACGGUUAUGAAGUGGCUAGUAUAAUGUCUUAUGAGGACAUUAGGAACCUUCACAACAGGACCGUGUUCCCCACCAACCGGGCUAUGAUCAUCAGAAACUUCAACAAGCCAGGAUACCUCGAGACUUGUAAGGUUGUGAAACUGGAAGGCGAUAGAAUGACAUUUAGCUAUCAACCCUGCAGCGUGUCUCUCCCUCCACUGUGUUUAACAGGUAAACGCAACUCGCUGACGACUCUGAUCAUUGAAGACUAUAGCAGUGUAAACUCAAAAGUUCCGAAUCAGAGAAAAAACAGGUUUCGGCCAUUGACUACCCUGUCCCCAACAGUUAGUAAUGUAACUCUUCAAGAUAACAUCACACGGACGGAUGUCGUAGCACUCGAAAAUAACGAUAUUCGUCUUUUUGGUCUUGGUCCUAUUCAUCUUUUAUCCAUUGGAACAGCUGUAAUAUUCACUUUUAUCGUGUUACUGGUUAUAAUAAUUGCAUUAAUCAAAAGAAAUCGAAGAGAAAGAGAAACCUCUGACCCUCCCAGCGUUAAGGACAUCCAGAACGAAUAUGCAUCCUGGUUCUCAAGUAAGGAACAGCUCACCGAAGAGUCAAAGGGCAAUGGGGAAGGGGAGGACGAAUGUCACUACAUGACGAUCCCUGCCGACAGGGAAUACCAAUCAUUAGACCUUUUGGAGCAAAGUCCCGAACAAAGUCACGCGUACACGUCUAUAGCGACAUCCAACAGGACAAGAGUGUUCAAAAAGAAACUCUCCGUGUCUCUUCAGAGAUGAAUGUUAACUGUGUGCAUUAAAAGAAGCCUCUUGGGUCUUUUAUUUGCAAAUUUAAUGGAGUGCGUUUUUGAAUCUCCACUUAAAGAGAUUGACAGAAUGGAGAUCAACGAAGUUUCACUUUCCUGUGUCCGUACUGAAGGUUUAUGGCUGUCCAAGUGAGACACUUUCAUACAUAUUUGAACUCCUGCCUUAAUGGGUAGAUGUUUUCAAAGUAGUUUGCUCAUUUCUAGUUCUCUCUGGGUUUAAUCAGUUAAAUCAGAAUAACCACGGAGGAUGUUUUUCCUCUUUAAAAGAUACAUGUGUUUAAAUGAGUAAUAUGUACAUGAAUAGAAACGAGAAAAACUUUGUAUAUUGACAGUUACAAAGCAUUGUGUCUGUUUAAAGUAGACAUCACCAUCAAAUCAAUUUCAACACAUGAAAUGAUAUAAAUGUACCCAUGCCCAUUUUGUGGACAAGCCUGGUUAAUAUGAUCAUCUUUUGCUGAAUUACUUAUUGUUUGUUAAAAAAGAUAUAAAUUGCUAUUUUGAACAUUUAUUCUGUGAGUUGUACACUAAAUGUUAUGUUGCAUUGUCUACAUGUUAUAGUCAAGAAAAUUUAUUACAAGAGAGUAUCUAUUGAAAGGAUUCACAUUAAAACCAGUUUAAAAACCUGGAAAAGCAGUAAUACAUCUAAGCUCAGGGAUUUCACCCUCUUUUAACCUUUUGUUUUCUUUAUUUGUAGUCACUUAAUAAAAAAAAAAUCAGCAAUUAAGAAAUAUUUUCAUCAUUGAA